UGUCAGUGUGUGUGUGUGUGUUUGUCUAGUGUGUAGUUAGUGUGUAUUUAUUGUGUGUUAUUGUGUGUUCGGUGUGUAUAGUGUGUAUUUAGUGUGUGUUGUGUGCGGAGCGGCAGUAGAUGGGACAUUUUCAGUCGGAGCAGAAACGAGCUGAAGAGAAGAAGUGAAAGAAGAGAAAAGAAAAGAGUCUGACAGGAAACAGACGAGAAGAAGAAGAAGAAGAAGAAGAAGAGAAAGAGUUUGUGACGUUGAGGUGCAAUUUAGCUCCUCCCACUGAUGACAACAGUGAUUAUAGCCCCGCCCACAGCUCCAUCAUGGCUGACAGGAAGCUCUCAGGUUUACCUGCCCCCUCCCUGUCUUCACCCUGUCAUCAGAACGGCAGGAUUGGGGGGACGACAUCCAAAGGCUCCCCACCCCCCCACAGUAAUGGCUGUUUGGAGGCGGGACCAGGACGCCUCAGUACCAGUAACACCAGUGCUAUUUCCCAGCGUCCCCCCACACCCAGCAACAGGAUCUCAGCCUCCACCUCACCCCUCAGGACCCUCGCAGGUCUUGUGACUCCUGUGUCAAGUCCUGGUGCUGAAGGUGGCUCCACUCGGCCCCGGGGUCAUAGCCUUGGCUCCGCCCUGAGUCCCAGGACCAGAACCAUGACCUCCAGAAACAAGCGCAGGAGCAGCCAACAGGAGGAGCCAGAGGCCUUGUUGGACCUGAUCCUGGAGUGUCAGGGUCAGAGACUGGAGGACCAGAGAGCCAGCCUCAGUCUGUUACCUGACCCAGGUCCAGCUGCUCUGUGUGGGGCCUGCAGCCCCGACCAGACCUCCUUACCUGGUCUGGACUUUUACUACAUGCUCAUACACUACCAGUCUGACAGGAUGGAGGACCAGAGGUGUUCCCUCCCUAGCCUGGAUGACGUGGUGGGUUCAGUUCCUGAGGGACAGGAGGACUUCUUCAGUCUGGUUCAGAGGGUUCAGUCCAGGAGGAUGGACGAACAGAGAGCAUCACUGCUGCUAACACACUCCGAGGAUGGCCACGAUCCACACAUCAACACACACACAGCAGGCUCCUCCCCCCAUCAUCAUCAUCCUCAUCAUCAUCACUGAUGAAGAGCAGGGCCCACAGGAAUUGCUCCUGUGUGUCAGACUGUGGAACCCAGUCUGGAUCUUUCAUCGGGACAUUUGAGAUUUUUUUAGAUUUUUCAGUGAAUCAGUAAUUCAGACUGUGUCGUCAUGGAAACAACAAAGUGACAAUGACAAUGGUGAACGCACCCUGAAGGUCUGACCUGAGAACAGGACAGAGGGUUGUGACUGCAGUUUAAGGUUCCUGUAGAAUUUGUUUAAUGAGAGGUUCCUUGUGACUCAUGAUAUACCUGACACACCUGACCUUCGUCCUCCUGUCAGGGACACAUUGCUCGGAGCAGUGAAGGAAAAAGAAGAGGACGGUUAUCUGGAACGUUUGGACAGAAACAAAAUUUAAAAUAUUUCAAACAUCAUCUUUACUCCUGUUCUGAGGAAGGAAAUACACUCAACUUGUUUAUUACACCUCAGUGGGCCUAAUGAGUCCCUGAACGACUUCCUGAAUGAGUCCCUGAAUGAGUUCCCAAACAAGUUCCUGAACGAGUUCCCAAACAAGUUCUUAAAUGAGUCCCUGAAUGAGUUCCCAUACAAGUUCCUGAAUGAGUUCCCAAACUAGUUCCUAAAUGAGUUCCUUGAUGAGUUCCUAAAGGAGUUCUAGGAUGAGUUCCUCAACGAAUUCUGGAACAAGUCUCUGAAGCAGUUCUUGAAUGAAUUCUUGAGCAACUUCCUUGAUGAGUUUUUGAAUGAGUUCCCAAACAAGUUCCUGAAUGAGUUCCCAAACAAGUUCCUGAAGUAGUUCCUAAAUGAGUUCCUUGAUGAGUUCCUAAAAGAGUUCUAGGAUGAGUUCUUCAACAAAUUCUGGAACAAGUCUCUGAAGCAGUUCUUGAAUGAAUUCUUGAGCAACUUCCCUGAUGAGUUUCUGAAACAGUUCCCAAACAAGUUCCUAAAUGAGUUCCUGAACUAGUUCCUAAAUGAGUUCCUUGAUGAGUUCCUUAAAGAGUUCUAGGAUGAGUUCCUCAACGAAUUCUGGAACAAGUCUCUGAAGCAGUUCUUGAAUGAAUUCUUGAGCAACUUCCCUGAUGAGUUUCUGAAACAGUUCCCAAACAAGUUCCUGAAUGAGUUCCUGAACUAGUUCCUAAAUGAGUUACUUGAGUUCCUUGAUGAGUUCCUUAAAGAGUUCUAGGAUGAGUUCCUCAACGAAUUCUGGAACAAGUCUUUGAAGCAGUUCUUGAAUGAAUUCUUGAGCAACUUCCCUGAUGAGUUUCUGAAAGAGUUCCCAAACAAGUUCCUGAAUGAGUUCCUGAAGUAGUUCCAAAAUGAGUUCCUUGAUGAGUUCCUAAAAGAGCUCUAGGAUGAGUUCCUCAACAAAUUCUGGAACAAGUCUCUGAAGCAGUUCCUGAAUAAGUUCUUGAACAACUUCCCUGAUGAGUUUCUGAAUGAGUUCCCAAACGAGUUCCAAAAUUAGUUCCUGGGCAAGAUCCCGAAGAUGUUCCAGAAAGAGCCCCUCAACAAAUUCUUGAACAAACUCCUGAGCAGGUUCCUUAAUAAAUUCCUGAAAAAGUUCUUGAACGAGAUCCUGAAUAAGACAGCAGCACUUAACAACUAAUAACAGCAACAGGAUGUUUUAUUUUGGUGGUACAGAUCAGAGAGAGCAGACAGACUGCAGAUUUGAUCUUUGUUUAAAAACUUGAGUAUCAGAGUUCUGAUUCUCACAGUUCUGGGGCCUAGUUACAGAAAAUGAUCCUCACUGCUUGUCAUGUCCAAAGUUCUGAAGUACAGAAACACAACACCCAGGUGGACGCGGUAAUUUUACACCCUUUAUGGGCGAGCUGCCCGUAAAGGGUCUAGAUCAGUCUGUUUUGGGUUUGACAUUCUCAUCGGCCUCCAUGCUGCUCUCUGCAGUUUACUAACCUGUUUUCAGACCGUGUGUGACAUUGAAAGUGACACAGCAGAGAGCAGAGAAAAAUAAAACCAGAGCAUCAUACUGGUCUAGUGCACAGCUCUGCAGCAGACCAGUAUGACUCUCCACUGUCAGUGGGAGAGGAGUCUAUGUUAGCAGGUUUUCCAAUGUUUAAAAAAAAACCACCCAUACUCGCACUAGUUUUAGAUGAAAGGUGGUGAAUCUCAACAUCUGGGAGUUGGUGUUGUUCCCCUUCUUCAGCUUCACAGCCGUACAGACACAUUUUCAUCAGUUCCUUUAACGUUAGGAUGUACGGAGUCUUUACCGUCCUGAUUUAAGAUUCCUAACCUGAGAAGCUCAUCGGUUCUGUACGAGCUGAAUUCCUGUUCUGACCUAAGACAGUUUUAGUUUAAGAUUUGUUUUUCUACACGCAGUCAGGAAGCAUUGUUUCUGUGACACCAACAAUCCAAAUGUCUUCCUGAACUGAGAAAUGAUUUCAGACUGAUGAAGUUUCUGUAACGACGCCGUCAGACCUCAUGAUGAGAUGAAGUGUGAUGAUUCCCGAGCGCGGCACUGCUCCCUCGAGAUGGGUCAAAUGCGGAGAACAAAUUUCACACACUCAGGUGUGUGACAAUCAGUGGAACUUUAAUCUUAAUCUAGGUGUCAUGUUUAAAACCACAGAGAAGUUGUCUCGACACGCUGUAACUGCGUCUGACUGAUGUCAGCUGACUCCGCCCCUCCAGACUGCAGACGGAGGUUUCUGUUUCUCACAGAGAGGUUUUUCUUACUUCUUGUCGUCUGACUGUUUUCAGGACGUAAAAUGGAUUUUAUGUUUUUUCUUCAUGUGACGGACUUAACAGGCGUGUUCAGUGUCAGUGUUUUUUGUCUCCAGACGGCUCGCUGCUGUGUGAUGUCAUAUGUAAAGAAGAUAUCCUGUGAUGAGACAUUUAUCUUCUUCUCUGAAACUCCAUGAUGACCAGUGAGGAUGUUUGUCUGUCCCGUAGCUAGUGUCUCUGUGUCUUUAGAGACGAUAACACGUUACUGAUCCUACUGAUCUAUUAAACAUCAGAUUUGAUUCUGACCCACAGACGAAGAACUGAACUGAAACACGACUUAUUUCUUAACCUGAAUAUUUCACAUUAUGCAUCUGAAGAGUUGAAUUUGUAAUGAACUGAAACUUUGAAUAAAAAUCUUUGUGCA